AAAUAGUUUCCUCGUGGGAAUUUUUUCAUGUAUUCUCAUCCGCUUCCUGGUGACAUUAGAGGGGCGGAGUCAGAAAAAGGACAGGUGAGUAAUAUAUCGCUCAUCUGUACGGAGCUCGUGGUUAUUCGGAAACUAAACGCUGUACGUCAACAUGGGAAACUGGAUCAUCAAUCAUGGAUUGAGCGCUUUGAUCGUGGUGGCGUGGAUGGGCAUCAACAUCUUCCUGUUUGUUUACUAUUACACCUUUUAUGAUUUGGGACCACAAUUUGAAUACACUCGUGAACUUUUAGGGGACGCAUUGCCCUGGGCCAGAGCACCCGCUGCUGUGCUCAACUUCAACUGCAUGCUUAUUCUGCUGCCAGUAUGCCGCAACCUGCUUUCUCUGCUCCGUGGCUCUUUCAUGUGCUGUGAACGAACAAUGAGGAAACAACUAGACAAAAAUCUGACUUUCCACAAGCUGGUUGCUUAUAUGAUUGCCCUCAUGACAGCCGUUCAUACUAUUGCUCAUUUGCUGAAUGUUGAAAGGUACAGCAACAGUUUAGCGGGUCUAUAUGGACCUCUUGCUGGAAAUCUGUCUAUGCUUGGGGACUCCACCUACCUAAAUACCACCUACCUAAAUCCCAUUCGGUCUCAUUCUACUACUCCAACUCUAUUCGUAUUUACCACUAUAGCAGGUCUCACAGGAGUCGUCAUAACUCUCGCCCUCAUUCUCAUUAUCACUUCAUCUAUGGAAGUCAUCCGCCGAAGUUUCUUUGAAGUCUUUUGGUACACACACCACCUCUUCAUUAUUUUCUUCAUCGGCUUAGUUUUUCACGGUGCAGGUCGCAUCGUGCGAAGUCAGCAAGUGACAGACCCGCCUCACAAUACUUCCUUCUGCGAAGAUCAACCAGAGAACUGGGGAAUUCCUCAAUGUCCAAUUCCUCAGUUUGCAGGAGGGUUUCCUCAGACGUGGAUGUGGGUAAUUGGACCAAUGAUAAUCUACCUUUGUGAACGGAUACUACGUUUCAUUCGCUUCAUGCAGCCUGUCAGUUAUAGAAAGAUUGUAAUCCGCCCAUCCAGAGUGUUAGAACUACAGCUGGUAAAGGACGGUUUCAAGAUGGAGGUAGGCCAGUACGUCUUUCUGAAUUGUCCAGCUAUCUCCAGGCUAGAGUGGCAUCCUUUCACCAUGACAUCAGCCCCUGAAGAAGAUUUCUUUAGUGUGCACAUCCGCUUAGCUGGAGACUGGACUGAGAAGCUCAUCAAGAUGGUUGAAAAUUUACCAGAGGGUGCACAAGGACCUAGCAUUAGUGUGGAUGGCCCAUUAGGAACUGCUAGUGAAGACGUGUUUAAAUACGAGGUCAGCAUGCUUGUAGGUGCUGGUAUUGGAGUCACGCCAUUUGCAUCUAUUCUCAAAUCCAUCUGGUACAAAUUUAAAGACUCCAACCCCAAUCUGCGAACCAAGAGGAUUUACUUCUACUGGUUGUGUAGAGAGACGCACGCCUUUGAGUGGUUCGCAGAUCUUCUCCAGGUCCUUGAGAAAGAAAUGGAAGAGAGGGGAAUGAAAGACUUCCUUACCUAUAAACUCUACCUAACCGGCUGGGAUCAGAGCCACGCAGACCAUGCGAUGGUGCACUUUGAUAAGGAUACAGAUAUCAUCACAGGUCUAAAACAGAAGACUCUUUACGGCCGACCGAACUGGGAUAAGGAAUUUGAAGAAGUUAGGAAAGAUAACCCCUCGUCUGAGGUCGGAACAUUCUUGUGUGGCCCACAAGCCUUAGCUAAGGUCUUGGAGAAGAAAUGUGUCAAAUAUUCCGACGUGGACCCACGGAGGACCAAGUUUUACUUUAACAAAGAGAACUUUUGAAAGAAAGUUAAUUCUAGGACUGCUUCAGAUUGUGCACUCACAGGGUAUCAAUAUAAUACCAUGAUUUGAGACCAAUUUCACCAGCUGACUUGGUUCAAAUCUUCAUAUCUAAACAAUAAUGCUAUUGUGUGACUGACUGAAAAAGGACGUUAUAUUCUAUUGCCUGAACACACAAUUUCCAAGGCAGAGUCAAAAGUCCAAUCAUUGUACUCUUUUAUCUAGGUUGGCUUGGAGUUCCUGGUUAGGAAUGAAUCACCAAGGUUCACGGAAUGAAUCACCAAGGUUCACGGAAAUUACAAUUACACCUGAAUGUAUUGUCUAUAAAAUGUCUCCUUUGUGCAAAUAUGUCCAGUUCUAUUAACGUGGGACAAAGUAAAGGAAGGAAAACAUUUCUUCUGUAUUAGUUGCGAAGUUGUGACAGUAGUUUUCAUAGUAAUCUAUUGUGUACAGUUGUGCAAUCCUUAAACUUCUUAUCACAUAAGAACAAAACAUUUGUAUUCUACAUUUUUCUAAGUCAUUUAGAUUUUUUUUAUGAAGUAUAUAUCAGGGCAGGAAAGAAAACACCUGCAAUGAUAAAAUGUCCAGUUGUUUAUUUCAAAAUCAAUGUACAUAUUUAUUGUUUGUUUUGCAAUAAACUUGUUUUGUACCA